AUGGAAGGAUUUCUAAAUGGAAACCUGUGCUAUAUGAAAGGGUUGUUAUUACAGAAGGAUUUCUCCGUAAUAAAUAUCAAUUUAUCUGUCACAACACGUCCCUUAAUUACCACAUACUUGUCACUUCCUCAUUUGUUUACACGUCCCUUACCACAUACUUGUCACUUUCUUAUUUGUUUACACAUCCCUUACCACAUACUUGUCACUUCCUCAUUUGUUUACACGUACCUUACAACAUACUUGUCACUUGUUUACACGUCCCUUACCACAUACUUGUCAUUUGUUUACGCGUCCCUUACCACAUACUCGUCACUUCCUCAUUUGUUUACACAUCCCUUACCACAUACUUGUCACUUCCUCAUUUGUUUACACGUACCUUACAACAUACUUGUCAUUUGUUUACACGUCCCUUACCACAUACUUGUCACUUGUUUACACGUCCCUUACCACAUACUUGUCACUUCCUCAUUUGUUUACACGUCCCUUACCACAUACUUGUCACUUCCUCAUUUGUUUACACGUCCCUUACCACAUACUUGUCACUUGUUUACACGUCCCUUACCACAUACUUGUCACUUCCUCAUUUGUUUACACGUCCCUUACCACAUACUUGUCACUUGUUUACACGUCCCUUACCACAUACUUGUCACUUCCUCAUUUGUUUACACGUCCCUUACCACAUACUUGUCACUUGUUUACACGUCCCUUACCACAUACUUGUCACUUCCUCAUUUGUUUACACGUCCCUUACCACAUACUUGUCACUUGUUUACACGUCCCUUACCACAUACUUGUCACUUCCUCAUUUGUUUACACGUCCCUUACCACAUACUUGUCACUUGUUUACACGUCCCUUACCACAUACUUGUCACUUCCUCAUUUGUUUACACGUCCCUUACCACAUACUUGUCACUUGUUUACACGUCCCUUACCACAUACUUGUCACUUCCUCAUUUGUUUACACGUCCCUUACCACAUACUUGUCACUUCCUCAUUUGUUUACACGUCCCUUACCACAUACUUGUCACUUGUUUACACGUCCCUUACCACAUACUUGUCACUUCCUCAUUUGUUUACACGUCCCUUACCACAUACUUGUCACUUGUUUACACGUCCCUUACCACAUACUUGUCACUUCCUCAUUUGUUUACACGUCCCUUACCACAUACUUGUCACUUGUUUACACGUCCCUUACCACAUACUUGUCACUUCCUCAUUUGUUUACACGUCCCUUACCACAUACUUGUCACUUGUUUACACGUCCCUUACCACAUACUUGUCACUUCCUCAUUUGUUUACACGUCCCUUACCACAUACUUGUCACUUGUUUACACGUCCCUUACCACAUACUUGUCACUUCCUCAUUUGUUUACACGUCCCUUACCACAUACUUGUCACUUGUUUACACGUCCCUUACCACAUACUUGUCACUUCCUCAUUUGUUUACACGUCCCUUACCACAUACUUGUCACUUGUUUACACGUCCCUUACCACAUACUUGUCUCUUCCUCAUUUGUUUACACGUCCCUUACCACAUACUUGUCACUUGUUUACACGUCCCUUACCACAUACUUGUCACCUGUUUACACGUCCCUUACCACAUACUUGUCACCUGUUUACACGUCCCUUACCACAUACUUGUCACUUCCUCAUUUGUUUACACGUCCCUUACCACAUACUUGUCACUUGUUUACACGUCCCUUACCACAUACUUGUCACUUGUUUACACGUCCCUUACCACAUACUUGACACUUGUUUACACGUCCCUUACCAUAUACUUGUC